AUAAACAAGCAGUAAGUGUUAGUAUCAUUAAAUGGUACAUAAGAACUUUCAAACGGCAUCUAUUACUGCGAUUCAUUUCGGCUGUUUAUGUCAUGUCCGCAGUAAAAAAACGAAGAAUAACGAAACGUAGACAAUUUGAAAUAAUGCAAUCGAUAUUACACGAAAUUAUAAUUUAUCGAAUCCAAACUUGGUGGAGAAGACAGAUAAAAGCGGAGAUACUGCGACAAGCAAUCAGACAGUGGAGAGCAGCGCUUAUAGUAAAAAAAUGCUACUUACAAUAUUUAUCUAGACUUAUUAGACAACGAAAAAGUCUUUUUGCUGCUCUCAUAAGUCAAUUUUGGUUUAAAAAACAAAAGAUACAAGCUGAAAAACAUCUUAUUAAGCUACAAAGACAAUGGAGAGCUAUAAACAUUAGAAAGAAAUUUGUACAGUUUCGCUUGAAUAGUAUUUUAGCACAAGCAGGGAUUAGAAGAUAUUUAAUUAGAAAAGAUGUUAACAUGAGAACCUGGAUCGUAAAGCAUUUCAGUUCCAGCAUUUGGUUAUCGACACUGAAAGGAUAUUCUGAAGAACUAGAUAGACAAAUGGGAUUAAAUGAUUUUCUUAAGCAAAUGGAUGAACGGAAUGAUAAAUGGGGUGAAACUAACGAUACUCAUAUAUCUGAAAUCAGCAUUUCAACAGAAGUUAGAGAUAAAACUAUAGAUCAGCUUACUUUAUGCAAUCUGACAGAUCCAACCAAUAAGUACUAUAAGCUAGUUCUCGCUGCUUGCGAACAAACAUCAGUGAUUCCGUUUUUCAAUGUAUUUCCUAAAAGAAAUUACCGUCAGUAUUGGAGGAAGAUCGGAGAAGGUUCUUAUGGAGAUGUAUAUGCAAUGAUGGAUGAGUAUGGUAUUCCUCAUCAGUUAUAUAAAAUAGUGCCGAUAGGAGGUUUCCAUCCAUUAACUGGAAAAGCGUUGGAGAAUUUGGACACAGUUUAUCCAGAAAUUAUAUCGUCCAUUGUUUUAAGUUCUUUAUCCAGCAAUGAAAUCAACAGAACUUCAGGAUUUACCCAAGUAAGCAAAGUCAGCUGCGUGUCUGGACCUAUUCCAGAAUAUCUUCGUACAGCUAGGAAAAUGUAUAAUUUGAGAAAGAAAUCAACAACUAAAUGCCCUAAUGAAUUUCCAGACGAUCAAAUUUUCAUUGUUUAUAAAAUGAAAUAUGCUGGGCAACAGAUCACAUCGUUUUCGGAAUUUCGCGUGGAACAAGCUAGCAGCGUUUUGCAACAAGUGGCUUGUAGUAUUGCAGCUGCAGAAUUAGAAGUAAAAUUUGAACAUCGAGAUUUACAUUUGGGCAACGUUUUAAUUAAGAAGACAGCUCAAUCUUCAAUUUCUUUUAGAUUAGAUGGUCGCAACAUAAAUAUUGCUUCACAUGGUGUUCUGGCAACUAUCAUCGAUUACACUUUUAGCCGUUUAAAUUAUGGUAAUAAAGUUAUAUUUCGAGAUCUUUCAUGCCAUCUUUUUGACCGAAUUCAAACAGAACACAAAAUUUAUAGAAAAAUGCGUCAAUAUAAUCAAAACAACUGGGGCGUAUUCUGGCCAUACAGUAAUGUCAUGUGGCUCUGGUAUCUAAAUGCUUGUCUUAUUAAGGAUUUGGAAGAAAGACCGAUACCUGAUUCAGUUGAUAAACAGCUAGAAGACUUAUCCUGGAGUCAGCUGAGUCACUGGAAGAAAAACAUCUUAUCUCGAGAUUCAGUGGCGAAUUUCGUAUUACAAGGAAUGAUAUAAAAUAUAGAAAAAAUGAGCAGAGAUAUAUUCAAAAUUUAUUUUUGGAAGAUAUUUAAUUGAAGUUAUAUAAUAAAUU